AUGGGAGAGCCAUGCAAGUACUCUCCUCCUCCUUUGGUCCUUAUUUUGGGCUGCUGUGUGGUGGUGUUGCUCUCUCUGGCCACCGCAGCCGCUGGCAAUGAUGGCUGGAAAGAGCAAGAGAGCGACCAGAUUACCGCCCUGCCGGGGCAGCCGCCGAAUGUGGGCUUUUCUCAGUACUCGGGCUAUAUAACGGUGGAUGAGCGGGCGGGCCGGGCUCUGUUUUACUGGCUGAUUGAGUCCCCAAUAAGCCGGAGGCCCAAAUCAAGGCCUCUGCUCUUAUGGCUCAAUGGUGGGCCUGGUUGCUCUGCGGUGGCUUUUGGGGCCUUUGAGGAAAUUGGACCCUUCCGGGUGAGUCCAGACGGGAACACUCUCAACUUGAGCCCAUAUAGUUGGAAUCAGGAGGCAAACUUGCUUUUCAUCGAUUUGCCAACUACCGUAGGUUUCUCGUACACAAAUAGUUCAUCUGACAUAAAAAGAUUCGGAGACAAGAGAACAGCUAGAGAUGCCUAUACAUUUCUCAUCAGAUGGCUUGAGAGGUUCCCCCAAUACAAAUACAGGCCUUUCUACAUUGCUGGAGAAAGCUACGCAGGCCAUUACAUUCCGGAGCUAGCUCAAUUUAUAGCCAGAAGAAACAAGAGAGUGGCGAAGAAUCCUGUUCUUAAUCUGAAAGGGUUUCUAUUGGGGAAUGCGCUGAUCGACGAUUACAAUGAUUACAAGGGGACGCACCUGCACUGGUGGACGCAUGGGUUGAUCUCGGAUUCAACCUACAGGGGACUAAGGCGGUGGUGUGCGAAUGACUCCUUUCUAAUGCCAAAGGAUGAAUGCUACCAGGCUCUUCUUCGGGCUUACCAUGACUUUGGAGACAUCAAUGCUGCCAAUCCCUACAGACCUCCCUGCCCCGCUGCGGGCACCUUCCGCCGCGCCAACUCCAUCACCUUUGAUCCCCUGGCGCGGAGAUUAGUGGGAGGAGGGGAUGACAAGUGCUUUGCAGCAAACACGAAGACGUACAUGAAUAGGGCAGAUGUGCAGUGGGCUCUCCUCCACGCCAAUGUGACCGGGAUCCCUCGCCCUUGGCACACUUGCAGCUGGGGUGUGAGGGGCAACUGGACCGACUGUCCCAGAUCCAUGCUUCCCAUCCUUAAAGAACUCAUAGCUGCUGGUUUUCGCAUCUGGCUAUUCAGCGGAGAUGUGGAUGCACUUUUGCCAUUGACUGCGACACGAUUCUCCAUCAAUGCAAUGAAGUUGAAGACCGUCACCAACUGGUAUGCCUGGUAUGACCAGGAUCAUCAGGUUGGGGGAUGGAGUGAAGUGUACAAGGGACUGACGUAUGUGACAGUGAAGGGAGCAGGGCAUGAGGUUCCGUUGGAUCAACCUCGGCUUGCCAUGAUGCUUCUUAGGCAUUUCCUAAGUGACCAACCCAUGCCUGCCGCACCCUAG